AUGGAAGGUUCUAUCCAGAAACCCAUAAUCCAGAUAACAGGAUUUAGAGGCAAAGAGAAAGAAGAUCUAACUAAAUUGCUUUUAAAACUAGAUUGUAAUUUUAUUAACAAUAAGCAAUACAGAGAUUGCACACAUCUCAUAGCAAAGCGUGCUUGUAAAAGUGAAAAAUAUUUAGCAGCUUGUGCAGCAGGAAAGUGGGUACUAACUAAGGACUACAUAAUUAAUAGUGCCGAAAGUGGCAGAUGGCUCGAUGAAACAACUUAUGAAUGGGGAUAUAAAAUUGAAAAAGACUCCCAUUAUUCACCUCAAAUGCAAUCUGCACCUAAAAGAUGGCGCAAAGAACUGACAAGCACUGGUGCUCCAGGGGCCUUCUACAGAUGGAAAGUUGUCCUCCUGGUUAAAGAGGGUAGUAAAGGAAAAGAUUCUCUUACAAGGGUUCUGAAAGCUGGAAAGGCCCAAGUUUUUCUACCAAAUAAUUCACCACAUGGAGUUACUCAUGUGAUCUCCUUGGAUACAAAUUUAAAAGAAGAAAAAGCCAAGUAUACCUUUGGAGCGCCCUACUAUCCCAUACAGUACCUAGUAGAUUUUCUAUUUUUAGAGUUUAAAGAAGAACAAAAAGCCACUGAUUCCAAGACUGACUGUGAACUUGCUGACCUGAAAAAGGCAUUAAGAAAGCACAUAUGUAAAGUGGAGGCUGUGAAGUAUAAUUGCACUGAAUUAACUAAAAGUACAGGAUACAGUAUAGAGGUUAAAAACACUAAACUUCCUAGAAAUAUAUGUAAUACAAUUGAGCUCCUCAUUGAAGGGCAGUUCUUUACAGAAGCACUUGAAGAAUUAGUUUUCCUACAACCACAAUACAUCCCUCCUGUCUUUCUUCUUCAUGCUCUCCUGAAGAACAUGCUACAGGAUAAUAUAAAGACCUUGAUUGAUCAGUACUUCCAUGUUUUGUCAGUUCUUCUGCAUCUUCACCCUCCUUGGAAGUCUCCUGCCAUGUUGAGUUAUUAUUUAGAAUUUUUUCAAUGUCCAAAUUGUAUGAAAGGAACAUGGUCUUUUGUAGACAUACUUAUCCGGUCCUGCCUCUUCAGUGAAAGUUUUUGUCACCCAAUUCCAGAAGGAGUUGUGUCCAAGAUGCUCAAGUUGGCAUUAUUAACAUUCUUCUUUACACUAUUGAAAAAUGAAGUUCAGCAUCUGAGUCACAAGUUAUAUGAAGGGGCAGAUUCUCAAAGCCUAAAAGUCCGAGAACAAGCCUUUCUUCUUGAAAUCUUCUGGUCUGGAAAGGAAACCUCAGUAUUUUUUACCAAGCCAACAAAUAUGCUCUUGGAUUGGUCUAUAUAUUCUCAAAAACAAAAAUUCAAAUCUAACGAUGCUUUCAAAAAUGAAAUGGCUUAUCUGUUGAUUGAGAUACUUGGAGCCGUGGUAGAAUAUUGGAUAUUUCUUGGUCUUAAGAAGGACAGAAAUGUGAUGCAACAUAUGUCAGAUAAUCUAGGAAAUUAUGUUGCUGUUUCUUGUGAUGAUUUUUCUUCACAGGAGUUAGAGAGUUUCAUUAGUUCCUUAUCUUCAUCCUGGCUUCAAAUGUUCAUUGCAGAGUCAAUCUUUAAAAAGAUAUGUUUACAAAGCUGUAUCAGUAUUUCUCCUGAACCACUUUCUCUUCAGAAAAUGGUAUGUUCUUAUUUGCCUGCAUUGGGAAAAAUUGGUAUACUUGAAUCAAGAAAGGGACAGAAACGGAAGAAGAUGGGACCUUGGGUUGGCCCUGACUGCCAGAGAGCAUUGAAGAUGUUAAGUGAUGGUGCUCAGAACCAAGCCAAGGUCUUGCCCGAGGGACCUGAGCUGAAGCAUUCUUUGUUGUUAAAAAGGUCGCAAAAGAAAUGGGAAGAAGAGUUGUCAUGUUCCAAAGAGAAUUGCUGCUCUUUGCUUCCAAAAAUGCAUUUUCACAAGACCAAUUUAAAAGGAGAGACAGCCCUGCAUAGAGCUUGCAUAAAUAACCAAGUGGAGAAAUUGAUUCUUCUUCUCUCUUUGCCAGGAACAGACAUUAAUGUUAAAGACUAUGCUGGCUGGACGCCUUUGCAUGAAGCCUGUAACCAUGGCAACACAGUGUGUGUCCAGGAAAUUUUGCAACGUUGUCCAGAGGUAGAUCUGCUCACUCAAGUGGACGGGGUGACUCCUUUGCAUGAUGCACUGUCAAACGGACAUGUAGAAAUUGGCAAGCUGCUACUCCAGCAUGGGGGCUCGGUGCUUCUCCAACAGAAGACUUCUAAAGGAAAACUGCCUUUGGAUUAUGUGCUAGCUCCCCAAAUCAAAGAAGACCUUCUGGCUGUCCUACAAGUUGAAGGUUCCACUGAGGACCUUCAGGCACAAGAAGAGGACCAUUUCUACCAGCAGCAGAUUGAAUUUGGCUCAUUCUUACUUAGUAAAAUGCUGUUGAAUUUUUGCUCAAUAUUCAACUUAUUUUCAAACUUUUCUGUUUUUAAAGAGUUAACUCAUCUACGUGAAAGAUUGUUUACUUCUCCUACAACUUGCAAGGAUGCCACCAGUCUCCAUACUGACUGGAUUAUGGAUCUCUAUGCUAGAGAUCUUGUGACAUUAAACAAGCUACCAAGUCUCCUUAAGGAGAUACCUGAGAACUUGGAAGUGUUUCCUGGAGUUCAGACACAGGCCUUACUGAUGACACUAAAAACUAUGCUAGAUCAGUCAGAGACUUUUCACAGCACUAGUUAAUAUUGAUAGAACUUCUAAAAUAGUUUAUAUUCUAUAUUUAUAGAUGCAAUCUUUGAUAUUGUUUAUAAAUGCAUAUUAGAUCAUUCCUUUUUCAGAAAAAUGUAUGUAACUCUCCAAAAGAGAAAUGCAAAUUAUUUCCAAAUUGAAUAGAAAUUUUAAAAUUAUUUGCAAAUUGAAUAGGAAUACACAUUGAAUAGACAUCUUAAAAAUUACAUUGUAUUUUUUAAAAAGUGAUUCUUGUUUGUAUUGUAAUCCUCUUCAUCUAAAUGUUUAGUAAAACCUUGCAAAAUUUUUCUCUCUUUCCCCUAUGGAUCUGAGAAUGCUGGCAGAUACCAUGCAAUUAUUCAUAUAUUCACUUUUAAGGAUAUAGUUGGAAACUGUUUUUUGUUCAGCAUACAGACCAUCAGAAAAGAUUCCUUUCAAUUCUGUUUUUCCUAACAUUUGUAAAGUUUGCAGCAUUAACUAAUGCUCUAAUGGGAAGAAAAUAAGCCUGAAUGUAUCUAUAUCUGCAACAUACAGCACAAAAAGGUGUGUUGCUGCUGCAAGUAGCCCCAUAUAAUGGCACUUCAUAAAUUAAGUUGAUCCAAGGUCUUUCUGUGCAUAUGUCAACAUAGGCUAGAAAUGUUUCAGUUUGAGGUCCUUUCAUAAUAGCUAUUUAUGGUAAAGUUAAAAAUGAAAGUACGGAUGAUCACAAUCACUAGUGGGAAUGUUAUAUUUUUCUAUAGCUGGCACAGAGACAUUAAGACUUCCAUUUAGCUUUCUUGCGGUUUAUAUGUAUAAUCUCACAGCAAUUAAUCUGUAGACUUAUCAUAGAUACAGAUCUUUUCACAAAGAACAGAUUCAGCAGUCAAUUACUGGAGUCAUAAUCUCAUUGUCAUCCCAUAUAAUUGUGGAUCGAUUCUAGUUAAAUUUUGUUCUUUUCAUGAUUUUCCUAAGUUAUGUUUACAAAUAAGAUUAAUCUAAGAAAUAUCAAGUAUUAAUAUCUGGCAGACCUCAGAGAGAAGACAUAGUAUAGUCCAAUAAAGCAAGCAAUGGACAGGAUCUUGGAAAAUCCGAACUCUCAUCUGGUCUAUAUUAUACCAACAAGCUGCCUAUUGGGCAAGCCUUGUGUUCUUCCUGAACCUCAGUUCAGUAAAAUGUUCAGUUUGUUCUAAAUCAUCACUUAAGUUUGUUUGUUUAUUUCUUACAUUAUGAUCCUGUAUGAUACAUCUUUUUCCUCUUAUUGAACACUACAAAACAAAACUGAACAAAUGAAAACUGAGUAUAGAGAAGAUAGUUUAUCAAAAUAAGGGAAACAGGGCAAGGCAGAAGAGAUAAAUUUGGAAGAAUAACACAUGUCCUGUCUUCACUAGUUCAUUUAAACUGCCUUUUUUUUUUUCAUUGUAAUGGAAAAAUAGUGGAUUUUUCUACACUGAAUCACCAUGAAAAUGUUUCCUUUUAGUUGCAAUAUUUAUAUUUUCUACAUGUAUUUUGUACUUGUCAGUUUUUUUCUUACCAUGAAUAUAUUAUAAGAUAGAUACAGUGACAUAAUUUGAAUUAGCUGCAAGGUAAAAUUACAUUCCUGGCUUUCAUUCUCAUCUUUUUAAAAUUGCUGCACAUUUUCUGUGUACAUGUCACCGUGCUAGGUGUUAUUAGGAUUUAUGAAAACCUUCAAAAAAUGAGGUGGUCCAAGCCUAUGAGAAGUUCAUAUUUUUAUAAUUUUUUAAGUUUGAUGAAACUUUAAAUUUUCACUUUAGUUAAUAUAGUUUAACUUGCAUAAUGUGUCAUAACCUUGCUAUGAAAAAUUUAAUUCUCAUAUUUGUGUUUUAAAAUGUAUAAUCUGUCAAUACCAGUUUUCAAUUCAAAUGACUUGAAAAAAGUUAUGUGCAGUACCUAAAAAGAGACUUGAAUUAUGGCAUUCAUAAGUUCUGUGUAUCUGUUUCAAAUUCUUUUAAAUAAGCCCUCAAACUAAGUAUAGUUAUACCUGUUUGUCAAUUAUUAAGCCUGAGAAAUUUUCUGAUAAGUAUUUUAAAGUAUCAAAAUAAGACCUUCCUUGAGAAUUCAAAUUAUAUAAAAGUUCAGUAUUGUUUUUCUGUUAUUUAGUUUUAUUUUUACUAACAUUCUAAAAGGAUUAUCCAAGUUUGAAGCUGAAACCUUUCAAUGAAUCGAGUUUUUUUUUAGUUUACUUUUUUUUUUAAACUAGAUUUGUGAUUUCAUCUAUACAGAAUGUUCCCCAUAUGAAAACUAUCGCCAUAGAUGUAGAUUGGCAACUUGUCUUUAACUUACAAUCUUAGAUUGCCCGUGACUCUGAGAGGGAACUUGCCCAAAGCCACAUAGUUAAUAUUUUGUCAGAGGUAAGACCUGAAACCAUGUCUUCCUGACCAUAGACUUCUCAGUUGUUUUUGUAUUAAUAAAAGAGGAUAAGGGUUUAAAUGUUCUUAAUUUUCUCCACAAAUAAACAGGAAAAAAAAUUGUUUUAAAUUUGCCUUUCAGCUUUGUGCUUCAGCAACAAAACUAUAGUAGCUUGUAUAUUGGUAUAUACUUGUAGCUUAAAUGAUAUCUUCCUAAAUCUAAAGAUCAAAUAGUGUAAGGAUCCUAGUCUUAGAGGCAAAUGACUUGUAUUUCUGAAGGACUUUCAAUAAGCCAGUCUCUGGACCUUAUGAAAAACAGAGAUAAUCUGCUACCCAAGUAAUUGUGAAGAAAAUGCUUUGUAGCUAUAAAGUACUACAUAAAUGUGAUCCAUUUUUAUUUCCAAUAUUCUGGUAUUUCGUAUCUUUCCUAAGUGAAAAAAUGUUUUGAAACCUUUAUGUGAUGUGUAAUUGUAAUGAUGAAGUAAUCCUUAUUGUAGAUGUGGUAGUUUUCUUUGCUCAGGAUUAUGUUUCAUAACACCAAAUGUGGUGUGCAUAUAAAUCACCCAUUCCUAAGUUUCAGCUUCCUCUCACCCUUGGACUAAGUUGACCAACCCAAUGUGUUUCUAACAUGCCCCAUGAAAGGAUACCAUUUUUGUUUACUUUAAAACCUAGAAUGUAGUUUCCCUCAAAUGAACACCAUCAUGUGCAGCAAUCAUCAGGGGAGGGUGCACUCCAUAUGCAUGCACACACCUUUCCAGUUAAGAGAGAGAGCUUGAUGAGAGCCUGUCAAUGUUUCUCCUUAAUCAGCAGGAAGGGGUCAUUUUUGAGUGACAUGAGGCACUUCUUCCCCCAGGCACUCUUCCACACCUCCUGCUGACAUCUAGAGAGCAAGACUUAGAAUGAUAAUUUGUUUUUAUAACGAAUAUGGUUUGAAUUAGAGGGUCACUGAUGACAUUGUUGGAGUUGGGUAGAUAGUAGGAACCAGACAACUUCAAGAUUGGUGACAUGGAGUACUGAACUGUUCCUGAAAACCAAAUUGCAAGAAAUGCCAAAUUAGAUUCUAAAAGUUAUGGCAGAAUAUUCUUUGAUGUUUAAUUAAGCCUUAAAAUAACUUUUUCAUAUGUGAAAUACAGUAGGUAACAAAUCAGUUAGAAAGGGGUUUGGGGUGUUAUUUUGUGUGGUUUUAUGCAUACUGGUUUUUGAAGUACAGCAUACCCCUUACAUGGAAGACAUUUUUUAUAUGGCAGUAGGAUUCUGAUAAGAGAAUUUGGUAAAUUUUAUACUUCAUUUGAUCCUAUAUCAUUUAAUACUUGCAUGCUGUAUUUGUCAGUAAAGCUAGGAAGCCACACAUUUUAUAUUGAGAACCCUGUAACCUAUGGAUGAGUAUGUACUAAGGUGAAUUUAAACAUAUCUUCAAUAUCCUUUUCCAGAUAUAUUAAUAAACUCAUGUCAUCUCCAUUUUUCAUAAGGCCCAAAGACUGGCUUAUUGAAAGUUCUUCAGAAAUACAAGUCAUUUGCCUUUAAGACUAGGAUCCUUAACACCAUUUGAUCUUUAGAUUUAGGAAGAUAUCAUUUAAGCUAUAAGUAUUAAUAAAGUCAAUGUGUAUACACACACACACACACCCCCUUUCAUUCCUGGUAAAUAACAUGUGCAGGUUGAAAGGUUGAAAAUUCACCCUAGCUACUGAUUUAUUUCUUAAUGUUUUAGCCUUUAUAUUCUUUCUAGUUGAUGAAAGAUCCAAGCACAAAUAUAGUCAGGAAAGUUUGAAUAUUUAAGAUAAUUUGUUGGAGGAAAAAUAGGAAUAGUUUUACUUUUUCAAAAGAAAUGUAAAGCUUAAUUUUUUUUUUAUUUCACAUUUUAAAAAUUGUAAAAUGAAGUUUUUUUUUUUAAACAAGAUAUUUUUUACUUUAAAAUGCAUGUGAAAAAUCCAUGAUGUACUCAUGGUACAUACAAGUAACUGAGUCUGAAAAUAUCCUUAUAUUUGUGCUAUUGCACAUGUAGUAUAUUUGUACUGAUUGUGUUUUGUUUUCCCAUUUUAAAAGAGCAAAAUAAAUUAUUUGGUUAUGUGUUAAAAAUAA